CCCCCUGAAGCGGCCGGAGCCGCGCCCGCCGCCCGCCGGGACGAUGGUGCGCUGCGGGGCGGCCGCGCUGCUCGCCGCGCUCCUCGGCGUCUGCGUCUGGACCGACGAGACCGGGAAAGUUAUCUCGGACCGGUUCGCCGUCUACUGGAACCGGAGCAAUCCCAGGUUCCACCGCGGGGACUACACGGUGGAGGUGAGCAUCAACGACUACCUGGACAUCUACUGCCCUCACUACGAGGAGCCGCUGCCGGCGCGGAUGGAGAGGUACAUCCUCUACAUGGUCAACUACGAGGGCCACGCGUCCUGCGACCACCGGCAGCGCGGCUUCAAGCGCUGGGAGUGCAACCGCCCCGACUCCCCCAACGGGCCCCUCAAGUUCUCCGAGAAGUUCCAGCUCUUCACCCCCUUCUCGCUGGGCUUCGAGUUCCGACCCGGCCACGAGUACUACUACAUCUCCGCGUCCCCUCCGAACACGGUGGACAGGCCCUGCCUGAAGCUGAAGGUUUAUGUUCGGCCAACAAACGAUUCCCUCUACGAGUCCCCGGAGCCCAUUUUCACCAGCAACAACUCCUGCUGCAGCCUCAGGGUGCCGCCGGCGGCGCUGGCGGUGGUGCCGGUCGUCUGGACGCUCCUGGUCUCGUAGCACCGACACCGACGCGCCGGGAGCGGCUCCGCGGAUCCCGCCCGCCCCGAAUCGCCUGGAUGGUGCCCAGGGAGGGUCGGUGCCGCCGGAGAGGAUCGUGUCGCCGCCUGAAGUCCCCGCAGUGGCACGGCCAUCCCGCCGGGAGCGGCGCUGGGCUGUCCCCCGGAAUGGGUCCCGAAUUUCCAUCCCUGCCCUGCAGCUCCGGCUGUCCCGGUGGGGCGUUGCUUUUUACAUUUCUAGACCAAAUACAGAGUCCUCGUCCGUUUGGGGUUUUUUUCCUUUGGUUUUAUUUUUGGUUUGUUUUGGUUUCGUUCAGUUUUUUAAAAGAAAAAAUAUUUUUAUUUUUAUUUGUUGAGUUGUUCCCGCCGGGUCCCCGUGGUGCCAGACUGACCCGCACCGGCCGGGCUCGAGUCCCUGCUGAGCCCUCAUUGUCCCCACCAUGGGCAGAGCCACCGGGACCAUUGGACACAGCCAUGGUGCCACCGGCUCCGUGGGCACGGACUCCUUCCCAGCCCAGCCACAGGACAGCACGGAGCCGGACCUGCCACCCUCGGCCACCCCCUGCCCCAGGCAUGGAGGGCCUGGAUGGACACAGCCCCUUCUGAACACCCCUGUCCCCUCCGCUGGUGCCACGGAUGUCACCGCGUCCCCGUGGGACACUGGGGUGGCUCCGUGAGCAGCAAAGGAAACUGGAUGCAGCCAAGGAGAGAGCACUGGGGACACUGGGGAGCAGCACCGGGGAUGUCUGGCCAGCACAGCAGCAGCGAGGAUGGCACUGGGAGAGCGGCGAGUGGCCAGCGAGGAGAGCACCGGGGACACCCGGCAUGGGGAGCAGCAGGAAGGGCCAGCACCGGGAGCACCGAGUGGCCACCGGUACUGGGAGCACUGGGAAGGGCUGGCACUGAGGAUGACUGGCACUGGGAGCACCGGGAAGGGCUGGCACUGCAAAUGGCCGGCGCUGGGAAGGCCGGGAAUGGCCGGCUGGCGCGGGGAGCACCGCCGGGCGCUGGGAGCCGGCAGGCCGGGCUCGCCCAGCCGUGGGCAUCGCUCCGAGGGCGUUUGGCCGGCGCUGGGGCGGGAGGAGUGUGUGCCGUGGAUUUUCCUCCUCCACCCUGCUCCGUGUGCCCCCGAUGCCUUGGGGGUACAGGAGCCCCCAUGGGGGGACCGGUGACCGCAUGUGGGACCUUCCUGGCGCUCCCCCAUUGUCCCCCGACAUUGCAGGGCUGGGCUUGGGGAUUUUUCCCCUUUUCCUUUGCAUUAAUAAGUGAAACGCCCCCCCCCUUCAAACCCCCAAUCCGAGGUUGGCCGUGACCCCAGGGGUGGCAGAUCCCCAGGGAGGGGUCACCCCGCGGCCCCGGGGUCUGACCCCUCCUCGCCUUAAGUCUGGGGCUGUCCCGCCUUGGGGAGGUCCUGUGCCCAUCCCACAGAAGCCAGGGGUGGUCGGUGGUCCUGGGGGAUGCCAGAGAUGGGCUCAGACCUGGCUGGAGCCCCCCAUUCCGAGUGGAUCCCGCAGUGGGGGCCGGGGGGGCUCUGUCCCUGUACAUACAGCGCUAUACUGUGAGCGGUUUUUUUUAUGUAUUGUUGAGAAUGGAUUUUAUGGAAGGGUUUAUCUUAUUUUUAUUUUAUUUUUAUUUUUUAGACUAGGAAGCUGGAAUCUUGCAAUAAGCUCUCAUCCCGACCAUCCAAAAAAAAAAAAAAAAAAAAAAAAA